AUGAAAUAUACGCAAUACCCGAACAGCUCAAAACUGAAAAGAAAUAGUGAUCGACGUGAACACGACGAAAAGCUUAGCGAUGAGUUACAUAAUCAAAGUACGAUAUAUGAAGAUGAAGAGCUAAGCAGGGCAGAAUAUGAUUCUGAUUCUGAUUCUAGCGUUGAAGAUUCUACAGAUAAUGAAAAUAGUGGGAAAGAAAUGGAUGAAAAAUCCUAUGAAAAAAAUGAAGAUCACGUCGAAGACCAUAGAAAGCGAAAGAAAUCGAAAAUUCAGCUUUUGGAUAUUGCAGAGUUCAAGAAAGAAAACUUAGCCGACUUAGAUUAUCAGAUCGGUAAUUCAGAGAGCAAGGUAGAAAAAGGUGUGAAUAUAGAGCCAUUUAAUAUAGAUGACGAAAUAAAACAUGGGGUAUUCGAUAAAGAUGGGAAUUAUAUUAAGACAGAAAACGCCACAGAAAAUGAUCAACAAGAUAAUGAGGAAUGGAUGAAUGAUGUCAUAAAUACAGAGGAGGUAAAUCGCUUAGAAAAGGAACAAAGUGUCAAAACGCAGAAUUCGAGACAUUAUAUGGUCCACGAAGCAUUAAAUCUUUUGAAAUUUUUUCUUGUUGAUGAGAAUGAAACAGUACUGGAAUCCUUGGGCAGGUUAAACAAGCUGCGAAAAAUUGCCAUUUCAAAAAAGAACAAAUCAUUGAAAUAUGUUAUUCACGGAAUCGAGCUAUUAUCUGAUUUGAUCAAUAUACUAGAAAAAAAGGGAUUCAGUGAAGUAUAUGAAUAUAACCGCUUAAAAGUUCAGGAUGCUAUAGAAGAGGAAAUUUUCGAUGACUCCUCCAGAAUAGUUAACCAUAAAACAAAGUUAUGGGGCUUCAAGUGGUUGAACAAAUUAGAUGAAUAUCACGGCCUGUACACGAACUAUGAAAUGUCUUAUUGGCAAAAAUCCUACUUCAAAAACAGUGUUAUAGUAAAAUUUCACAGCGAACCAGAUCGAGAUGAAAACUGGAUACAUGUAUCGUGUUUAAGUUUCAUGUAA